CAAUGUCGAAGUUUUGAUAUCAAAAUCAAAUGUUUUUUAAAAGAAAUUUGUUCGGAAGUUCGUUACUUUGUGUGUAGUCAUUAUGACAUUUCGCUUAUGUUAUGAUAUAAAUAUUUUAAUGUUGGUAUUAGCAAUAAUCACUAGUGUACAAAGCCAGAGUAAUACCAACGAACAGAAGAUAUAUCGUAAACGCAUGGUACCGGCUUGGUUCAAUGACUUGCAAAUGUCUGCCCUGAAUGGUAUGGGAGGUUGCAAGAAACAAGAAUGUAAAGGUACGGAGCAACUCAGUUUAGGUAAUCCGAAACAGAAGGCAACCAAUAUAGCACAGAAGGCUGCUCAAGAAGCGACAGCUGCAUCCGAAGCUCAAAAUGCAGCUGGCGCCGCUGCCGCUCGUCAAGUGAAAAUGCAAUUAGCCGAGAAAGCAAUGCAAGCAGCCAAGGCAGCCGAGGCUGCUUUAGCGGGUAAACAGCAAAUCGUCGAACAAUUGGAACAAGAAGUACGCGAGGCAGAAGCUGUAGUACAAGAGGAGGCUUCGUCUCUCGACAGUGCCCAUUCCAAUGUUCAAGCGGCUAUACGCGCUUCCCAGCAGGCUCAAAAGCAGCUUAAAACCUUAACGGAGGCAGUUCAAACAGCUCAAGCUAAUGUUGGUAAUUCCGAGCAAGCAGCCACCGGUGCCCAAGCCGAAUUAGCUGAGAAAGCACAGCUAAUGGAAGCCGCAAAAACGCGGGUCGAUCAAUUAUUACGCCAGCUGAGUGGAGCCCGCCAAGAUUAUUCAAACACUAAGCAGUCUGCCUACAGGGCAGCUUGUGCUGCCCACGAAGCUAAAGUAAAUGCUCAAAGAUCACGUCGUCAUGCGAUUAAACGCUUUCUAACAUCCGGCCAGUUAAAACAUAUACAAAAUUUGAAACAACAACGUCGUCGUUUAAUACGGCAGAGAGUGUAGACACAUUUGUUUGCAAUAUAUUUUU